AUGAAACUCAAUCUCCGAGGGGCGAUCCUUACGAGCCUAUCUCUGCAAGUCUUUCUCCUAUUUUUUGCACCCAUUCGAAAGAGGCGGUCAAACUGGUGGAUCUCGACUCUCUUGUGGUCGGCUUACUUAGUUGCCGACUGGGUCGCUGUCUAUGCCUUUGGACUCAUUUCCAAAGCCCAAAUCAAUGGGGGUACUUCAGACUCCCAGGUUGAUGUAUCUGGUGACCUUUUGGCUUUUGGGGCUCCAUUUCUUCUGCUACACCUCGGAGGACCAGACACCAUAACUGCAAUCGCCCUCGAGGAUAAUGAGCUGUGGGGUAGGCACAUGCUUAGUCUCUUAUUACAUCUAGUCAUUGCUUGCUUGGUGAUUUACCGAUCCCACCCCAGUAACAAGCUAAUUGUCCCAACCAUCCUCAUGUUUAUUGGAGCAAGCAAUAAAUAUAUAGGGCGAACACGUGCUCUGUAUCUUGCAAGCUUCCGUAUAUUACGUGGUUCCUUGCUCCCAUCUGCUGAUCCCGGGCCGAACUAUGCCAAAAUCAUGGAAGAUUACAUUGCUCGGGAAGCUAAUAUCCAACCUCUAAAAGCCCCGUUGCCGACGGCCCAACAUCACUCCCCUCAUGUAAGAGCGGAAGGUGAAAAAAUUUUGGACGAAAGAACAGUGAUAAAAGAGGCGUUUUUUCACUUCAGAAUGUUCCAAGGCCCCCUUGUGGAUCUCAUCUUCAGCUUCCAUGUACGCGACGAUAGCAUGCAAUUUUGCAGGAGCAGAACUGCAAAGGAUGCUUUUCGGGUCAUUGAGGCUGAGCUCAACUUCUUUUAUGAUCUUCUUUAUACCAAGGCUGCCAUUGUUCACUGUCCAUCAGGGUACAUUUUCCGAGCUAUCACAUUUGGCUCCACUGUUGCUGCUUUUGCAAGUUUCUAUGUCCUGAACAAGCAUGGUUUUCACGAAUAUGAUGUACGGAUUACAUAUAUCUUGCUCCUUGAAGCUAUUGGCCAGGAGUGUGGAAAAUAUGGUAUGAUCAUUUGCUCUGACUGGACAAUUGCAAAAAUCGGGACAUCUGAGAAACAUCGUAGAAGUUCGUUUCACGGAAGCAUCUUCAUCGAGUUCCUCCUCAAAUUCAAAUCUGAAAGUUCACCAUUUGCAUUGCAUAUACUAAGUGAUAGAUGGUCUAAAUCUGUCUUCCAGUACAAUUUGAUAGAAUCUCGGCUGAGAAGGUGGCCAAAAUGGAUUGAGAAACUGACAGACGCUCGCUUGAGAAAGUGGCCAAAAGGGAUUGAGGAACUCCUAAGUCUCAUCCAUCUGGGAGAAUUGUUUGAUGACUUGAAGUCUGGACGAGUAAAAAAAUACAGUGAAAAAUUAGGUGAACUGAUUUUUGAUGAACUGAAACGGAAGGCAUCAUUUGCAGAUGAUUUGGAAAGCAUAAAAGAGGUACGUGCUGCUCGAGGUAAAUGGGCUCUGAAGAAUACUAAAACAAGGCGAGAUUGCAAAGACUUGCUUCCAGCUGUUUGUGAUGUCGAUUAUGGUGAGAGCCUUUUACUGUGGCACAUUACCACCGAAAUCUAUUACAACACUGACACUGAUGAAAGUACAAACCAACACCGUGAAACCAGUAAGUUCUUGUCAGAUUACAUGCUUUAUCUUAUGAUCAAACAACCUGGCAUGAUGUCUGCAGUGGCUGGAAUUGGCCAAAUAAGGCUCCAAGACACUUGUGCUGAGACGGACAGGUUCUUCAAUGAGAAAUUCUUUGAUGAGAGAAGAACGAACAUAACCAACAAAUAUGCCUGCCAAAGUCUCCUUUCAGUUCCUACAGAAGUGAAGCCUGCUGAUGUGAAAGGAGAGAAGCAAAUCCGUGCUUUUUGA